ACAGUGGCACAUACCAGUCAUCCAGAAGCCCGAGGUGGGAUUUUGGGGAGUUCAGGAGGUCAUUCUGGGCUACAGUGAGAUUGUGUUUCAAAACGGCCCAAUCCAGGGCCAUGUGGUAGAAAGUAAAGGUGACUGCACCCAAGCCAGGCAGCCUGAGUGCCACACAGGGAGGAUGCCAACUCUUCUCUGCCCUUCCUGGACACACACACACACACACACACACACACAGAUACCUACACAAACAGACACACAACCACACGGACAAACACACCAACAUGUAAAAUAAAAACCGAGAUCUGUAGGCCGAGGUUAAGAGACUCAGGCCUGUUAUUGCCACACUUGGGAAAAUGAAACGGGGGGACGGAAGUUAAGUCCAUGACUAGCGGAGUCUAGAGGAUGAAAUCCUGUCUUAAGAUAACCCGAAACAAAGAUUUUAAAAAAACGUACAACUGAUGGCUGCCCUGGCUGUGGUUGGACUCCACACAUGCCAUCCUCAGUUUCCCCAAGGAAAAGGCGGGAGAGGUCAGCUUUUAGGUAUCCGACUCCACCCCGUGAAACUGACAGGGAGCCAAGUAGUUGUGGGGACUCUCCAAGAGACCCUCCUCUGCCUCCCGCUUCCUGCCCACACCUGCCAGCGCCUGCCAGCUUCUGCCAGCUCCCAGCCGGAGGAACUCUGGUCGGCGCCCGGCCCCCGAGGGGCGUGCCUUCGGUGGGCGUGACGCGGGGCGUGGCUUCGCAGAGGGCCCGGGUUUAUGAGGCCCGGCACAUCUCGCCACAGAAGUGCCAGAGACGGGGGAGAGAUAGGCGCACAGGUGAGGUCCAGUCUGAGAGACAGAGAGGCAAGAUCCAGAGGGAAGUAAAGCGGGGAGGAGGAAGAGAAAGGGAGGAGAGGCGAGAAACUGCAGGGUAGGGACAGAGACUGCCCGGCGAUCCAAACUGGGCGUGGUGACCCGGCCAAACCGCGUCCAGCCCCACCCCCAUGACGUCAACCCACAAUGCAGCGCGUUGUUGUGCCAUGUAGCGAGCGUCGCUCUUGGCAACAGCGGCCGCCACCAGGCGAGGGCGUCCCGCUCCCGCCCCUUUAUGCAAAUCAACGACGUCACCUCGCGCCAAUGGCGAGCGGGGGCGGUGAGCUCAUCGCGGGGGCCGAGGCUAUAAGAGUGCGCGCGGGCGGCGCGGGGCAGAGCGGCCGGCACCCGAGCCGGUCUGUACGGGCAGCGGACUGGGGGGCAUACGGGGCCCCCCGGGGAGGCCGCGGCCACUCCCCCCGCCCCGGGGCCGAGCGCGGCGGGGGAGGUGGGGAUGGAAACGCCCUUCUAUGGCGAGGAGGCGCUGAGCGGCCUGGCUGCGGGUGCGUCGAGCGUCGCUGGUGCUACUGGGGCCCCCGGCGGUGGUGGUUUCGCGCCCCCGGGCCGCGCUUUCCCCGGGGCGCCCCCGACGAGCAGCAUGCUGAAGAAAGACGCGCUGACGCUCAGCCUGGCGGAGCAGGGAGCGGCGGGAUUGAAACCAGGGUCGGCCACUGCACCUUCUGCGCUGCGCCCCGACGGCGCCCCCGACGGGCUGCUGGCUUCGCCGGAUCUUGGGCUGCUCAAACUCGCGUCGCCGGAGCUGGAGAGGCUGAUCAUCCAGUCCAACGGGCUGGUGACCACUACCCCGACCAGUACGCAGUUCCUCUACCCGAAGGUGGCGGCCAGCGAAGAGCAGGAGUUCGCCGAGGGCUUCGUCAAGGCGCUGGAGGACCUGCACAAGCAAAGCCAGCUGGGUGCGGCCACCGCGGCCACCUCAGGGGCACCCGCGCCCCCCGCGCCCGCCGACCUGGCGGCCACCCCCGGGGCCACGGAGACCCCGGUCUACGCCAACCUGAGCAGUUUCGCGGGUGGCGCCGGGCCCCCUGGGGGCGCGGCCACCGUGGCUUUCGCCGCGGAGCCAGUGCCCUUCCCGCCGCCCCCGGGCGCGCUGGGGCCGCCGCCACCUCCGCAUCCACCGCGCCUGGCCGCGCUCAAGGACGAGCCGCAGACCGUGCCGGACGUGCCGAGCUUCGGCGACAGCCCUCCGCUGUCGCCCAUCGACAUGGACACGCAAGAACGCAUCAAGGCGGAGCGCAAGAGGCUGCGCAACCGCAUCGCCGCCUCCAAAUGCCGCAAGCGCAAGCUGGAGCGUAUCUCGCGCCUGGAAGAGAAAGUCAAGACCCUCAAAAGCCAGAACACAGAGCUGGCGUCCACCGCCAGCCUGCUGCGCGAGCAGGUGGCGCAGCUCAAACAGAAAGUCCUCAGCCACGUCAACAGCGGCUGCCAGCUGCUGCCCCAGCACCAGGUCCCGGCGUACUGAGCCCGAGCGCGGGGCGCAUGCGCGGACUAGCUGCGGUGGGGGGGCGCCCCGGACUCUUUCGAGACUCGGUGCCCCCGGACUCGACAAGCCGGACCCCCCUUAACUCUGGAUGGGGACCCCGAGCGCACGACCCCCGCCCUCGCGCCGCCUCUGUACCCCCAGUCCUGCGCGUGGCUGCCCCUUUGUACCUCCGAGUAGGGGCUCUAAGGGGCGCGCAGCCUCACGCUCUGCCUUUUUUUUUUUUCCCCCUUUUGGAAGAGAGAACGGGAGUGUCCGAUUCCGCCCUAUUUAUGUUUCUACUCGGGAACAAACGUUGGUUGCGUGUUGCGUGUGUGUUUCCUUGUGUUGGUUUUUUAAAGAAACGGGAAGAAGAAAAAAAAAAACUCUCCCUCCUCCCCCCGCUCUCUCUCCUCCUCCCGACACCAUCCCCUCUCUUUUUGUUUGGUUUUGUUUUGCUACGAGUCCACAUUCCUGUUCCGUAAUCCUUGGUUCGCCGGUUUUGUGUUUUCAGUAAAGUCUUCGUUACGCCA